AUGGAGAACCCAUUCGGUGCUUUGUCUGAAGACGAAGCGGACCCUACCGACGAUGUCGCUGAGAAAGUUGAAGAACUUCAAAGACCAGACUGGACUAUGCCAGUUGGCUCUGCGAGUUACGCAUCUUUCUCCCCCUCUAUGACUCAAACCUCCUCCGGUCCCCUGGCCCAAUGGCGGUCUGUUUCGCAGACGCUGAUUUUGCCAGGUCAGAAGCCGGUACUCCAUGAUGAAGAUGACGACUUAUAUCAACUUGCUUCGCAGUCUUCGAGUGUUCAUGCUCCCCCAGGGGAUCGUGCCAUUCCUAUAGACUCUGAAGCCCGGUUGUGA